UUAUUACGGUAGUGCCUGUGUUGAUAACGAGCACUGGAACAGUGUUUGAUAAUACAAACCGGGUUUAACGUUUCCUUUAGGUAUAUUUAUUGCUUAGAAAUAGUCUUUAUAUAUAUAUUUUUUAAGUCAUGACAGAAAUAUUUUCAACUCUGUUCGGCCAAAGCGACGCCCAGGCGCCCCCGAGUUCCGCGGCUCUUGGUUUUGGACCAGGAAAACCGCCGCCUCCGCACCCGCAGAGCGCAGCCCCGGUGCCGCCUCAGCUCUCAGGACAGCUCGGGGAUGAAGGGCCUACAGCCCGGAAACCAGGAGUCAUCAACGAGCCGUUCUAUUUACUGCGAGAACUGCCUGUAGGAAACGAUUUAACAGGAAACACAAACCUGAUCACACACUACAAUCUGGAACAUGCAUACAAUAAGUUCUGCGGUAAGAAGGUGAAGGAGAAACUCAGCAACUUCUUACCCGAAUUACCAGGCAUGAUCGACAGUCCAGGCGUUCAGGAUGGCAGUUCACUACGCUCCCUCAUAGAGAAACCUCCAGUGUGUGGAAACUCGUUCAGCCCACUGACCGGAGCACUGCUGACUGGCUUCAGACUACAUACUGGACCGCUUCCAGAGCAGUACAGAUUGAUGCACAUUCAACCUCCGAAGAAGAAAAGCAAACAUAAACACAGACAUCAUCGACCUCAGGAUCCCAUUCCACCAGAAACACCGUCAGACUCCGACCCCAAGAAGAAGAAGAAAAAGCGAGACGACGAUCCCGAGCGCAAAAAGAAAAAGAAGGACAAGAAGAAGAAAAAGAAUCGCCACAGUCCUGAUCACCCUGGAAUCACUGGCUCUCAACCCAACAGCAAUAGUCUAAGAUAGAGACACUAUAGUGUAUAUAUAUGCGCAUGUGUGUGUGCGUGUGAGAGAGAGAGAGAAUGUGAAUGUGUGCCAAUACCAUGAUUGUGUGCAUUUUUUUUUUUCUUCUAACUGAUACUGAUUACAGAUCAGUUCUAUUUCCAGUAUUUUUUUAAUUUAUUUUUUUUGCUUCAUCGUUUGAUGACUUGAAUAAAUUUUUGGUACUCUACUGCAUAACCUGUCUUUUUGUACUUUGUGAAUUUACGGAUAAAUAGGAAGCGCUAGAGCAGGGGUUCCCAAACUUUUCCAGGGCAAGGCCCCCCAAAUGGCAUUAACAUUUGCCCGCUUUUACAAGAUGUCUUUAAAACACAUUAAAAAUACAGACUUCUGAAUAUAUCCUCCUCUUUUUUUUUUUAUUAAUAAUUACCUCUUUCAUCUUUACAUUACAUUAGGAAUUUAUUGUGUGUGUGUGUGUGUGUGGUUGAGAGUGAGAAUCAUGUAUUUAUUUAUUUUUCACACCAAAUUGUUGAGGCCCCCCGGGCGCCCCCUGGCGGCCCCCACUUUGAAAACCACUGCACUAGAGUACUGAAUGUCAGUUGUGUGAUUCAGUACGGGCCCGGGAGCCAAAGUGCAAC